GACGUCUCUUCCGGGCUGUCACGAGCUGGCCCUUGCGGCCUCGGUUGUGGGCGACUAUGCGGCUGGCGAUCUGGAGAAGCCCGCGGGCCGCUGCGCUGAGUACCAGGCGGAGAGCGUUUUUGGCUCCUUGGCUUGUUUUUGUGGUGCAAAGCUACAAGAAUUGGCGGAGGAUGGCAGGGGGGCGGGCGGCGGCGGCCGCGUCUUCGCCUCGUUCUCUUCGUCAGAGUCUGAGGCCAACGCGCGCAGAGAGUGGCGGGCUGCGAAAGAAGUGGGCUCUGCUACGGCGCACGAAUGUAGUGAGGAAGAGUCUGUAGCCUGGCUCGCCGAGUCUGAUGCAGAAGAAGCAGAGGAGGCCGCGAGAGGGGUGCUUACUUUACAUUUAGAGGCGUGGACUGCUAUACAACCUAUUUGCUUUAUAGGCUUAUGUGAAUACAUAUUUAAGUAUAUAAAGCAAGAUCUUCGCAGCCGUUUGCUCGGAUUAGUGCCCCCCACCUCGGCUUCCCCUUGGACUAAUAGCUAGUUAGAGGGAACUGUAUGCCCUCGGUUUGGAAGCUACUUGGGCUCCCUGACUCCCAUUGCGCUUUCUUAUGCGGCUUGCUUGUUUGCCCUUUGUUUGCUGGUGGAUAUGAGCGUUUUUUGAAACGUCCUAUUUAUUAAGUAACUCCAACUGAAGGGCCUCUGGGUGCUUUCUGGGACUAAUUAGUGGCCUUCUGCUUGUUCGCUGAUAUGUUCCACCCAGGGAGGCCGACGGAGUAAUGUUUGGGCGUUGUCAUACCUUUUAGGCCGCUCUUCUAUCCAUUUCCGGUACUCUGCUACUUUUCAUAUUUCCUGCAUCUCCUUGUUUUAUACGAGUAAUAAGCUCUGUUAGUCUAUUGACUAUGACUGCCAUCUGUGUUAUUUCUUGUUAAGUAAUUUUUGAUUGUUUUACCAAUUCGUUGUUGAAGAUGGUGCUAGUUAGUUGUGCUCAAUGAAUCUGAUUUACAUGCAAGCAACUCGUAUUAAUCAAUCUCAGCUAGUCAUAUUUAAAGAUCCCAGGAGCAGCUCAUCCACAAAGAUGCUAAUCCUGCGAGAAGUCGUCCACUUUUUAUGAUGUUGAAAAAGUGAAAGUGGAUAUCAAUCUUCUGUCUUGCAAAUCGUUCAAUCAGUAACCCUAUGAUCUUGAAUAAUUGAAAUCUUUUUCAGGCUAAAAACGACGGCUGUGAUAUUCCUGUGGUGGUCCAACAAGCUACGUGCCAAGAAGAUGCGAAUCUCUCAACAGCUGAAGUGAUGCCACUAUCUACGGCAGUGUCUACUUCCAGCAGUGAUCUGGCGGUUACUUCCAGCAGCAGUGAUCUGGUGUCUGCUUCCAGCAGCAGUGGUCUGGUGGUUACUUCCAGCAGUGAUCUGGUGCCUAUGCCCAGCAGUGAUCUGGUGCCUAUGCCCAGCAGUGAUCUGGUGGCUACUUCCAGCAGCAGUGAUCUGGUGGCUACUUCCAGCAGCAGUGAUCUGGUGUCUACUUCCAGCAGCAGUGAUCUGGUGGUUACUUCCAGCAGCAGUGAUCUGGUGUCUACUUCCAGCAGCAGUGAUCUGGUGGUUACUUCCAGCAGCAGUGGUCUGGUGGUUACUUCCAGCAGCAGUGAUCUGGUGUCUACUUCCAGCAGCAGCGGUCUUGGGUGCUCCAUCAGUUAUUUUGGUCAAGGAAGUAGUGCUCCAAAAGAAAUACUCAAGGACGCUCCAGCAGUUAUUUUGGUCAAGGAACUGCAGCAGGAGGCUCGGGAGGUCCGGGAACGCCUGGCAGGUGUGUCGGAGGAGGCCGCUGUUUGCCAGCGUGAAACUGUCAAAGCGCAGCAGGAGCAACCGGAGGCCCUCUGGGACUUCGAAUUCCACUGGACCCGCCACCAACGCGCAGCCGCGUUGCACCAAAGCCAGUACCGAGAGCCGGAGUGCUACUUGCGAGAGAAAGAGAUCGAGCGCCUUCGGGCGUUGGUCCCGUCCUUGGAAGAACAAGCUGAAGCACGCGCUGGCGGCCUUGAAGGUGCGACUCUAAAAGAACGUGCUCGCUUGGCGGAGACUGUUGUUAUUAUGAGGAAGGACACAGUUGAUCCGCUGCAUCAGAUCCAGGACACUUCGUAUUUGGCGAUGCCAGAAGAUCUUUCCAGUUGUCACCAGCAUCUUGAAGAUGUGGCGACAGCUGCACUAGGAGUUGUCAAAGAAGAAGCUGUGCAAGGUUUCAAAGAAGAAGAACCGUUUGCGACAAAGGUGGACGGUUUCAAAGAAGAGGAACCGUUUGUGACAAAGGUGGACGUUUUCAAAAAUGAGUCGCUCUUCAUUAUGAAGAAGAAGAGUGACAUUUAUUUCGAAGGCUUUGCCAGAGCUAGUGGAAAGGCCUUAUGCGGUGGUGGCUUUCUCCGCCCGCUGCCUGUGUUUCAGGAAUUAGCCGUUGCAGGAGAAAUCUUAGGCGAUGUGUUUGCCGGGACAACCUUCCUUGAAGCUGCUUGUCAACGUGGCCGUCUGUACUUGGAGGAUUCAAUCCUAGGGAGCUUCGGCUACGUUUUGACGAGGCCAGAAGUGUACAAAGAACUCAGUUCAGUAUACCAAGAAGUCUGUAAUGCAGUAUACCAGCAAGCCACGAGGCCCUCGAGAAAUGCGGAACAAGGACAACUGCUCGGAAAGAAAGACUGUUCUUUGAUCUACCAAAAGAAAGAGGACAUGCAUGAAAAACAGGGAGGACCAUUGAAGAUGGGAUCUUGGGUCGGGACAUUGCUGUCGGAUUAUUUGCUCUCGGAUUCUUGUAGUUCCAGUACUUCCAGGGAAGGUUCGUCUGUGGAACAAGGCUCGUCUUCGUCUUCCUUUACUACGUCAUCCUUAGGCGAAGACGAUGCACGUGUCAUCUGCCCGGUUGAACACGAUGGUUCCUCCAACGAUCCUCCACAAGAGGACCACCGUCCAGAGGUUGAAGAAGGUAACGGCCUUCUCGUGGAAGAUGCCUCUGAAGAAGAUGCCCAAGAGGACCACCUCCCACUUGAGGCUCAGGAAGAUGAGUGGAAUCCUUGUCCUUGGCAGGUUUUACGGAACGCACAGGGUAAUUCGGUCACAGCCCUUGUGUCUGGAGGCACGAUAGCCACAACGUUGACCACUGGGGGUUUGGCCGCUCCCCUCGGCAUCGGUGCAGCGGUGGUGAUCACAGCUUUGGUGGGGGCCUCUGCGAAUGUCGCGGAAAUGGCGUGCCAUCAGAAGGUGGAAGAGUGGAAAGCAGCAGCUCUAGAUGACGAGGAUGAAGAAGAAGUUCAUCUUCAGGAAGUAGAUGGUGAAAAUACCGAACAAAGAGAAGAGGAAGGUGAGAGAAUGCAGUCUACUUCUUUGCAUUCCCUCUGUAUUCCUAGUCCUAUGAAGAGGGUGCAGUCUGCUUCCUGUUUGGAUUCGCUCUGUAUGAUCCCGAGUCCUAUUUUUCCUGCAAGAACUUGUUUGUGGUCCUCUUCAAGAAGUUGUAGUUCGGAUGAACAAGGGCGCUCGGACGAAGAAGCAUCUUCUACCAGGAGUGGCUCGGAUGAGCAAGGGUGUCUUGUAGGCGGAGAAGUACUAGAAAAUUCGCGUUUGGGCGAAGACGUAGGGUUAGACAAUUCGGAGAUGAUGAAUGCAACUGGCGUUUUAAACAACACAGAAGGCCUGGUGAAAGAGGAUAUCUCGUCUUCGGAUGAAAGUGAUGGAGAUCAUCGUAUUGUGGGCGGAUUGCCGAUGCCAUCAAGCUCAUGUUGUUCAGGCUGCUCUUCUUCAGAGGAAAAUGAUAGUAGUAGACUACUUGAUAGUAGUUCUAGUGCAGAAACGGGACGAGAAAUUAGGCUACUCGAUAGUAGCACCUCAACUAGCGAGGAAGCGGUGCUGGAUAGCGCCACCUCGUCCACUGAAGAGCAACCAGCUUUGGUAAAAGCAUCAUCUCCUUUGAGCAAAGGUUCUUUGCGACGUCGAUCACAAGCAGUCGAAUUCUCCCUCAACCUGCUAACUCCACAAACAAAGAAAGGGGGACCAAGAUUCUCAUCAUCGAGCUCAUCGACAGCGACCCCAUGUACAUCUGCCGGGUCGUCGCGAUUGCCAUCGUCUUCAUCUUCACGAUUGCCAUCGUCUUCAUCUUCAGCGGUGGCAUCUCCCCGUUGUAGCUCGCACCUUUCAAUUGAGUCCUCCUUCGUUUCUUGGAAUGAGAGGGACGACUGCAGCUCACGCUGCUCCACCUUGUUCUCUUCGAAUGAGAAGGACGACUGCAGCUCGCGCUGCUCCUCCUUGUUCUCUUGGAAUGAGAAGGACGAACCACACAGCUCUACUUCAGCGGACGAAAGGGCAUCGCCUUGCGCGGCAGAGGAGCAAAACGAGCCAGCUUCUUCUUCACAUGAAAGGAAGCAGUCUUUACCUACGUCAGACGAAAGGAAGCAGUCUUUACGACCUACGUCUUCACGUCUAAGCGAAUCACCAGACCACGUCGAGCAAGGUCCAGGGUCCUCGACAAUUAGUUUUAGCUCUUCACCAGACCACGUCGAGCAAGGUCCAGAGUCCUCGACAAUUAGCGCUUCUUUUAGUAGUACCGAAGUACCCACCUCACCAGUGGCGUCGCCAGAUGAAAACGGUGAGUCGUUUCUUUCAAUAGCAUCCGCUGUUUGGGAGUCCUUGCGGACGCGCUUUUUUGAAAACUCGGAAUCUGAGCAGAAGACCAGUAACUACAAAGCAAGUAAUGAACAAGAUGAAGAAGAGAACGUCCUCAAAGUGUCUAAUUCUAGCACCUCUAGCACUGAUGCUUCCUCCAGUAGACCAUCUUCAACCUUUUCCACGAAAAAUGGAUCGUCUUUCUCGAAGAAACCAUCGCCAUCUAACGCUAACGCCUUGCCUAAGAAGCACGCGCAGCUGUCUAACUCGGCACUUAAGAAGCACGCCCACCAGUAUUCUCUUGGCGACUACAUUGGUUGCGCACUGUUGGGCGCUGGCUCUGGCGCCGUGUGUGGCGGAGACCAAGCUAGUAUGCGCCUAUGCUUUACCGAGGUCGAUCCUGCCGUAAAGAUCGUAGCCGAAACUGCUGUAGCGGGACCGGAUAGAAAAAGAGAAAGUACUACGGUCAUCAGGAAAGUUGACAACAGGGACGCGUGCAUGUCGACUUCUAGUGCAAGAUUUACUGAAGCAGGUGGGAAAAAAGGCAAAGGCAAAGGCAAACGACACGCUAAAGGCAAUCGGCGAUGAGCAACUUCAGCAUCUUCAUCAGGCGAAAGAAGUAGGACCGCCCGCAAAGGGACCUAUCUCUUCGAGGGAUUAGCCAGCAGGCUGACUCCUUGUCCUAAGUGCCGCGCAGUGGCGUGCGACGGUGAAUAGACUUCACUCCCUUAUUCCUAGUCCAGUAAGUCUAAGUUUAGUAGAAGUGAAAGUCUGAACCCUUAAGUUUAGUAGGUCUGAGUUGUCUGAGUUCGGAGCCGUGUAAAAGAACUAAAAAGCCGACUUCUGAGUAUGAGUAAGUAGGCGCAGGCUCUGAGCACUAGAGAUUCUGUGUCGGUUUAUCUUUUUAUGAUUCUUGAACUACGAUGAUCCUGCUGAUUACAACAUCCAUCCAUAAUGAAACUCGUAUCAUACUCCUGAGGGGCCAUGCAACAUAUCUGAAAUCUAGUGUCCUGUAGACUACUCGAGCCUCGUUAUUUUAGCACCUUGCGAUGAUGAUUCAUCUUAUGGACUGAUGUAGAUGUUGAUGAUGAAAAUCACUUUGCGCCACUGCUACAGUUAAUUUCCAACUGCAUUACCACCUUAUCAAUCAUUUACAUUUUAACUAGCUAUUGCAAGCAACUUACAAAUCUAAUAAGUAUUGUCAUCUACUAUAAGUAACUGAAACCGAAUGAACAGACAGCUCCCACUAACUACAGCAGCGAUCAUUCAGAAUGACGCGAUCGAAUAGAUCAACAGCUACGUAAAUUUUCUGACAGAAACUGGUUCUCUAACUCAACAAGAUGCAAAAGAUGGACUCAUUGAAUUAGUAUAAGUCCUUUGAGUGAGUAAAUGAAAAUUUAAGUACGAAUUUACGAAGCACGAGCACCAAUCGACGACUGACCCUUUUUGAAC